AUGGUUCUUAAUAUUGAGUCUUUUCGUGAAGAGAAAGGUGGUGACGUUGCCUUGAUAGUUGAAAACCAGAAAAAACGUUUUAAGGAUGUCAGUGUUGUUGAUGAAAUUGUAAAAUUUGACAAACUUUGGAGAGAGCAACGUUUUCAAUUGGAUGGAUUAAAUAGAUCUAAAAAUGUAGUAAAUAAAGUUAUUGGAGAUAAGAUGAAAAAAAAAGAAAAUCAAGGACCAGAAGAUUCUCCUGUACCAGAAGAAAUUUUAAAAAAACUUGAUUCACUUUUAGCUGAUGAUUUAAAUACACUUAAUGUUCAUGCUUUAAAAAAGAUAAGUCCAUUAAUAGAUCAAGCUUCAAUUCAAUUAAAAAUUGAUAUGACUGAGUCUGAAAAAAAGCGUGACAAAUUACUUGUAUCUGUUGGAAAUUGGCUUCACAAAUCUGUAGUAGUCAGUAAUGAUGAGGAUGACAACGAAGUAGUUAAAACUUUUGGAGAUUGUGAAACAACUAAAAAAUAUUCACAUUUUGAUCUUGUUACAAUGAUUGAUGGUUAUGAUUCAGAACGGGGUGUUCGUGUUGCUGGUUCUCGUGGCUAUUUUCUUAAAGAACCACUUGUUUUCUUAGAAUUGGCUUUAGUACAUUAUGCUCUUCAAAUGCUUAGUGAUGCUGGGUAUACAGCUUUAUAUCCACCAUUUUUCAUGAGAAAAGAAAUUAUGUCAGAGGUAGCACAACUUUCACAAUUUGAUGAAGAACUUUAUAAAUUAAAUGAAAAAGGAAGUAAUGAGAGUGAAGAUAGUGGUGAUGACAAAUAUCUUAUUGCUACUUCAGAACAACCAAUAGCAGGUUUUCAUAAAGAUGAAUGGUUGGGAGCAGAAGAUCUUCCUAUAAAAUAUUCCGGUUUUUCAACAUGUUUCCGUCAAGAGGCAGGUUCACAUGGUCGUGAUACUCGUGGAAUAUUUCGUGUACAUCAAUUUGAAAAAGUUGAACAAUUUGUAAUAUGUUCUCCACGUGAUAAUAUUUCAUGGGAAAUGUUUGAUGAAAUGAUUAAAAAUGCUGAAACAUUUUAUCAAGCUUUAAAAAUUCCUUAUCGUAUUGUUAAUAUUGUUUCUGGAGAAUUAAAUUUAGCAGCUUCAAAAAAAUAUGAUCUUGAAGCAUGGUUCCCAGGUUCAAAAGCUUUUAGAGAACUUGUAUCAUGUUCUAAUUGUACUGAUUAUCAAGCUCGUAACCUUAAAAUUAGAUUUGGAAGAUCUAAAAAAAAUAAUAGAGAGAUUGAAUAUGUUCAUAUGCUUAAUUCUACUAUGUGUGCAACGACACGUGCUAUGUGUGCUAUUAUGGAGAAUUACCAAACUCCAGAUGGUAUUUUGGUUCCAGAUGUUUUAAAACCAUGGAUGCCAAAAAAAUAUAAAGAAAUCCUUCCAUUUGUCAAAGCAGCACCAAUUGAUAUUGAAUCUUUAAAGACAAAAGACAAGAAAUAA